AGCGACUAAGAUAUUACUACUAUUGUACUUCAGCCGGUUUCAGUCCAAUUUUGAUAUCAUAUUCUACUCGUGUCGGUCUCUUUUCCCUGUCAUUAUCGUGGGCAAUCUUCCUUGAAUAACUAGACCGAAGGCUUAGUACAGGCCGCAGUGAAGUAAGGGACGUCCAUUGCUGCUCAUUGAGAUGGCUUUAAACGAAAAGGGGAGUUCUCCAGCAGGGAGUAUGAAAGGUCUUGACGACUCGGGAAGCACCCGGCAUGGAGACGACAUAGAGUUGGGAUUCGAGCCCCUUCAAGAACAGAGCUCAGAAACGAUUAGACAUCAAAGUCCCAAUCCGCUGAAGGAUGAUAAUAACCAUAUAGUUUCCUGGGACGGUCCCGAUGAUCCGGAAAAUCCAAUGAACUGGCCUGUGUGGAAGAAAUGGAUAUAUACAGUUGCGUUGGGAUCAGUCACAUUCACCAUUACUUUUGCCAGUAGUGUUUUUAGCACAGCAACUGUUGUAACAUCUAUGGAAUUUGGUGUCUCUGAAGAAGUCAUGGUCCUUGCAACUAGUCUUUUUGUUCUGGGUUUUGCUUUUGGGCCACUGAUCUGGGGCCCUAUGUCUGAAUAUUACGGCCGCAAAAUCCCCCUUUUUAGUUGCUUUUUCAUCUUUUCGAUCUUUCAAAUCGCCGUUGCGACGGCUGAAAAUUUGCAAACUAUUAUGAUCUGUCGAUUUUUUGGCGGUUUCUUUGGUUCGGCUCCCCUCGGAAUUGUCGGUGGCACAUUCGCAGAUUUCUGGGCUCCUGUCGAUCGAGGCAUUGCUAUGUGCGUCUUUGCUAGUGCGACUUUUAUCGGUCCUGUGGCCGGGCCAAUUGUCGGUUCUUUUAUCACUGAAUCCUACCUCGGCUGGCGAUGGACCGAAUAUAUUACUGCCAUCAUGGGGUUUUUCUUCGGCACUGUAGCCUUCCUAACAGUUCCGGAAACGUACGCACCUGUAUUGUUAUCGCGACGCGCUGCCAAACUGCGAUAUGAGACGGGAAACUGGGCGUUGCAUGCAAAAUCUGACGAGUCUCCAAUGAAUUUCAACACGAUUGCGUCCGUGUAUUUAACCCGCCCGAUCAUGAUGCUAGUUAUGGAGCCCAUUCUGAUUUUAAUGACGAUAUACAUGGCAUUUGUGUACGGAUUUAUAUACCUGCUCUUUGAAGCAUACCCGAUUUCUUUCCAGACACAGAGAACAUGGUCACCUGGCUUGGCCUCCUUGCCGUUUUUAGCAAUCACCGUCGGGGUCGUCAUCGGCGCUUGUGGUGUCGUGUACCAUUCAAAAUCUCGUGUGGCUCGCCAGGUAAAGGAAAAGGGUCGUGUCAUACCGGAAGAAAGAUUAAUUCCGAUGAUGGUGGGAGCAGUCUUGCUUCCAGGGGGGAUGUUUUGGUUCGCAUGGACCAGUGAUCCCAGUAUAUCGUGGGUUCCGUCUGUAUUGAGCGGCAUAAUGACUGGCUCUGGAAUCAUCUUAAUUUUCCUUCAAGGGCUCAAUUACAUCAUUGACAACUACCUCAUGAACGCCAACAGCGCAAUUGCAGCCAACGGCUUGCUCCGAUCUGGAUUCGGUGCUGGUUUUCCAUUGUUCGCCAGUCCGAUGUUCCUCAAUCUGGGAGUCAAUUGGGCCACCAGUCUCCUGGGUUUCCUUGGCGUUGCAAUGAUACCGGUGCCUUUUCUCUUUUAUAUUUUCGGCGCCCGAAUUCGUGCUAUGAGCCGUUACACGCCCAAGUUGCCCCAUGGAGGUCCUCCAAACCCCUUCGCAGGUGCUAAUGGACCACUGCCUCACAGCUCUCCCAGAUAG